GUGUCCCAGUGAAUAGCAGAGUAUCCUCUAAAAUCCAGCAGCUUCUAAAUACCUUGAAAAGACCAAAGCGCCCACCUUUGAAAGAGUUUUUUGUUGAUGAUUUUGAAGAACUUCUAGAAGUGCAACAGCCUGACCCAAAUCAACCAAAGCCUGAAGGAAAUCAAAUGAAUGUACUUAAAGGUGAACCUUUAGGUGUGGUAACCAACUGGCCACCUUCUCUGCUGGCUGCCCUGCAACGCUGGGGAACUACCCAGCCGAAAGCCCCUUGUCUGACAGCCUUGGAUACGACUGGGAAAGCUAUUUAUACACUUACCUAUGGCAAGCUGUGGAGUCGAAGCUUGAAGUUAGCGUAUACCCUGCUAAACAAGCUAGCCACUAAAAAUGAACCACUGCUGAAGCAUGGAGACCGGGUAGCUCUUGUAUUUCCUAAUAGCGAUCCAGUUAUGUUUAUGGUGGCAUUUUAUGGAUGUCUCCUGGCGGAACUUAUUCCUGUCCCAAUAGAAGUUCCACUAACAAGAAAGGAUGCUGGCAGCCAGCAGAUUGGAUUUCUUUUGGGCAGCUGUGGAGUAACGCUAGCUUUAACCACUGAUGCCUGUCAAAAAGGCCUUCCUAAAGCUCAGACUGGCGAGGUGGUUACAUUCAAAGGCUGGCCUCAUCUCAUUUGGUUUGUGAUUGAUGGGAAGCAUCUGGCAAAACCAACGAAAGACUGGCAUCCGCAAGUACGGGAUGCCAGUGCUGAGAUUGCUUAUAUUGAGUAUAAAACAAGUAAAGAGGGCAGCACUGUGGGCAUUACUGUAUCUCAUGCUUCCAUGCUGGCACACUGUCACGCGUUGACUCAGGCAUGUGGUUAUUCAGAAGCUGAAACACUAACAAAUGUCUUGGAUUUCAAAAGAGAUGCUGGCCUCUGGCAUGGAGUAUUAACAAGUGUUAUGAACAGGAUGCAUGUCAUCAGUAUUCCCUAUGCAUUAAUGAAGGUUAAUCCACUUUCCUGGAUACAGAAAGUCUGCUCAUACAAAGCCCGUGUAGCAGUAGUAAAAUCACGUGAUAUGCACUGGUCACUUUUGGCUCAGAGGGAUCAGAGAGAUGUCAGUCUGAGCUCUUUACGAAUGUUAAUAGUGGCAGAUGGAGCUAAUCCAUGGUCAAUAUCUUCAUGUGAUGCAUUCCUGAAUGUAUUUCAAUCCAGAGGUUUGAGACCAGAAGUAAUCUGUCCCUGUGCUAGUUCUUCAGAGGCGCUAACUGUUGCUAUUCGCAGACCUCCAGAACUGGGUGGGCCUCCUCCAGGAAAAGCAGUGUUAUCUAUGAAUUGUCUGAGUUUUGGCGUGAUAAGAGUGGAUACAGAAGAGAAGUUGUCAGUGUUAACUGUACAGGAUGUUGGUCAGAUUAUGCCUGGAG